GUAGCUCCUGAGCAUCUGCUUGUAUAAGAUCUAUCUGCUCAGCUGAGCACUCACUGUAAAUCAAGUGAAGCAGAUCGAUUUUAGCGGCGGUGAAAUUUGUAAUUGUGAUACACUUUUCGAGUUGAUAGAGGAUUGAACAGACCAUUGAUGCACCGUCAAGAAUCGUGGAGUGGCUUAACGCUCUCCAUGUCAUCCUCAUCCAGUCACUCUGAUACGCCCGGACAAUCACCGGCCGACUCGCAUCAUUCUCCACACAGACAAAGAAGAGCUGAGAGAAGGAAAGAUAAGAGUAGAGGGGAAGGAUCAGGAAGAAAGAAAGUUGCGAAAGCUUGUCUUGCUUGUCAAAGAAGUCAUUUGACAUGUGAUGAGCAAAGACCAUGUACCCGAUGUGUGAAGAAAGGUAUAGGGAACGAAUGUGUCGAAGGAGUACGCAAAAAGGCCAAAUAUCUUUUAGAAGGUGAAGAAAGAGCCGCAGCACAAACCAAACAUUCUCCCGUUCAUUCAUCUAUCCCACCACCAGUACUUGAUUCUUCCCCCGUAGGACCUUCUCGAGUCCCGCAUAACGUAUGGUUGAAUCCGUCCUUGAUCGACAACAACACGUUGGAGAAUCGUUUUUGGGCAGAUCUAACGCCUUCUGCUCCACCCCCACCUGCCCCAGCGCCCAAUUUCAAUGGUACUGCAGCAGCCAACGAAUUCGAGAUGCUAGAUUCAAUGUUUACUUCUAUGGAUCCUGUGUUUCCUCCAUUAGAACUUGACAAUAUGCCUUUUAUGGAAACUUCAACACCGACAACUUCACAACCGAUGUUGGUCUCCCCCUGGCCUGUGCAAUCUCCCGAGAAGCAGACGAAGGAUGAGAACUUUGCUGAUAAUCGGUGGUGGAAGGGUCAGCAUGAGAAUGGAAAAAGCGAUAUUGAUACUCCUGGCGCAUUGGAGGGUUUCAAAAGACCUGUGACGAGUAAUGAAGUUUACAAUAAUGUCACCAAGCCUUAUGAUUAUACAGAAGGUUAUCAUAUCCUCAUGGAGUAUUUGGCGAAGAAUUUCGAACAACGAGACGUAUUUCGAGUGGUCAAAGCUUUGGCCAGCUAUAGACCGAGCUUGAUAGCUUUGCAAAUGCCAAUGUCAGAGGAAGAUGAAAUCUUUUUGGAAAAAUCAUUCCAACGGACUUUGAUCGAAUUAGAAAAGCUGAUUUCGUACUCUGCAACACCCACUGCCGUAUGGCGAAGAACUGGUGAAGUGUGUUAUGCCAAUCCUGAAUUCUGCAGAAUGGUGGAGAGGGAUAAUGAAUUGUUUAACGGACGGACUUACAUCUAUACCAUUUUCGCCAAACCGAGUGUGGUCGAGUAUUUCGAAUCAUUUGCCGUUCAUGCGUUCGAAAAUACAACGCAGAAUUUCUUCCAACAGGUUUCGCUCGUAGUGGGAGGAAGACAAGUCGGCUGUACGUGUUGUCUGACAAUACGGCGUGAUGUGUUCGAUCUUCCAUCUGUCGUCAUUGGUCAAUUUCUACCUAUUCCCUCGGACGCUUGA